CCGCGCAGCGCCGCGGCCCUGCGGCAUGGCCGGCGCCCCCGCUGGCGGCCUGGCGGCGGGCGCGGGCAGCUCCGCGGCAGGGCCAGCGGAUGACGUGCGGCGACGGCUGCCAUGGUUGUGGUGCAGCGACAUGGUGGCGCUGGCCCACCAGCUGGCCACUGCGGACCCCUGCCUCCGGUCCGCGCCGCUGCUGCAGAUGCUCGGGGUGCUGGAGCGGGGCUCGCAGCUCUUCCACUCCGAGGAGAUGGCCACCGAGGCGUGGCUGCUCCAGAUACAGGAGAAGCUGCACGGCGGUGCCGUCGAGGCCGCGGUGCGGGACCUCGCCGGGAAGGCCGCGUGCUCGAGCAGCGCGACCGACGGGCGCUUUGUGGGGGCGCUGUGGAGCCUCGUCACCGCGAGGGCGGAAGGCGCGUGUGCCGUUCCUGCCGCGCUCGCCGCGUCGGUGGGCGACCUCGGCGCCGGCAGCCCUGCAGAGCUGGUGCGCCUGGCGGCGGGCCUCGCCGCUGCUGCAGGCCUGGUCGGCGGCGCCGGCGGCGCGCGACCGCUGCAGCAGCCGGCGCUGGCGGCGAGGCUGGCGGCCCGCCUGCGCCCCGCGCUGGCGCAGCUCCCC